CACGCCAACUUCUUAGCCUAGGAGUCAUAGGUAAACAAGGUUAAACGCAUUGGAAGCCCCCCUGAACUAAUCUAGAAACAUUUAGAGACCUUGGCGCGCAAAUAUACAAAAUCAUUAGGAGUUCUUUGGGUGUUUCCCGCGCUGAUGGCGUUUUUACGAUUGUUGACAACAAAUUGACACAAUUUGUAAUGGUCUUGUCCAGGUCAGGUCAUCAACCAGAUGGCACGUGGCCAGCAAAUGAUAGCCAAGUCUCAUACUUUUUUGUAUUUUAAAGGAUCAAACAUCAAACGGAUGGCGGCCAGUGCAGGAGCAAGCAGCUGGUCGGGCAGCAGUGGAGGCAGUAACUCUUCCCAAGGACGAUCUAUGGCCACAGCCCAGCCAGCGCAGGAGGAGCGCCUUGUGGUGGCUGUCCGUGUUCGUCCGAGCUUAGAGGCAACGGAGCGCUGCAUUGAAGUCAUCUCUGGCGGAUCUUUGCUCUACGAUGAUGGAGGAAAGAGUCGCCCACGUCAAUAUUCAUAUGAUCAUGUUUUCCGCGAAAAUGACACACAGGAGCAGGUGUAUAAAACUACAACGGCUCCUUUGGUAAGAGACGUUUUAAAUGGUCUUAAUGCAGCUGUUUUUGCCUACGGAGCAACUGGUUCCGGUAAGACGCAUACCAUGUUGGGUCCCGUGCCGCGCAAGAAACCUCAAACCGCAGACCGAGCUCCGCCCACCGCCACAUGCGAUUCGACGGAUGUAAACAGCCAGGACAUUGGACUAAUGGUCCGUGCUAUUGAGGACAUAUUUAGUCACAUUGAGUCGGCGGAUGUGGAUUCCUGUCGAGUAUCUAUAUCCUACCUGGAAAUCUAUAAUGAGCUCAUAAGAGAUCUUUUGAAUCCGGGAGGGCCUUUGGAAUUAAGAGAGGACCACCGGGGACAGCGAAUAACCGUAGCGGGUCUCUCGGAGAUAACUACAUCGAGUAGAAAAGAGGUUGUAAGCUUACUACUUAAAGGUAAUAAAGCACGUACCAUGGAGCCAACAGCAGCAAAUCAAACAUCCUCGAGGAGUCACGCACUGCUUAGUAUAACAGUGCAAACUAGGACUUCUUUAGGAACAAAGCAGGGCCGGCUGUUUCUGACGGAUCUGGCAGGAUCCGAGCGUGCUAAGAAGACUAAAAAUCGGGGAAAGCGAUUACAGGAAGGUGCACAUAUCAAUCGUAGUUUGUUGGCAUUGGGAAACUGCAUCAAUGCACUUUCCGGAGGAGCACGUUACGUAAACUACAGGGAUUCAAAGUUAACCAGACUCCUUAAGGAGGCUUUGAGUGGUCGCUGCAAAACUGUAAUGAUAGCCCACGUGGCUCCUGAAAGUAAGCAUCGGGAUGAGACAAAGAACACUCUGGUUUAUGCAGAUCGCGCUAAUAGCAUUACUACCAAGCUCCAGAAUUCCGUUUAUAUCGAUGAGUUUAAGGACUUCCCCACCAAGCACUAUCAAAGCUUGGUCUCUGAGCUGCGCGAUGAAGUUUCCCGCUUGCGGACUAAGAUGCUAACCGAUCGUCCCCGAAGUGGAGCAGCUGCAGCGGCCCAAGCGGCGGCGACAGCUUCCUCGGGCACUGGAACGGGAGCAGCCGAAGGACCAGCUGAAGUCCAUGAGCAUGACGAUCAGCGAAAGACAGAGCUACGCUACUUGCGAGAACAGAUCGUGCUUACCUUCAAGCAGCAAAUGAAGCUUCGUAGAAAGCUUCUGGAGGCAGAGAGUCAUCUUCUUGGUUUGGAGCUAGACGCUGAGAGGCAGCAUAUGAUCAUCUCUCACUGGCAGGGGCGCAUAGGAAAGCUCUACGAUGCCUUGGGUGACGAUGACCUUGAGUCUGAAGGCUCGGUUGCGCUGAAGAAUGCCUGGGGUGAAUUGGCAGCUAUUGAAAAGGAGACACGCCGCUACAAGGAAAUCCGUGAACGCACUGAGCACGAGCUGGAGCAGUGCCGCCAGAAGGGAGUUAAGUUGGAGGAUGAAUUACCAGAACGCAUCAGUAGCGAUGAAGAACGCGAGCUGCUGGCGCUACUCUGUCGUGUCCAUGAAUUGGAAGCAGACAAGGUGUCGUUGCAGGCGGAAAGACUUGCUCGCCAGGCGGAGCUACGCAGGCGCGAUUUACAGUUGUUACGGGCGGAGCGGCAACGGCGACUCUGCGAGGACAUCAUCAGCUCCCAGCGACGUCUCAUUGAGGAAGGGAACGUCGACCUUCCUGAUGAGCUGCGCGAGCUUUAUGGGCUUUACCAGCAGGAAAUUCAUGCCGGUGUUGUGACACCCAGCACCAGCAGCUACGAAAAAAAGCUGCCUCCCAUCUACACAGCCGGGUCUGACUCGCCGGGUUCCAGCUCCAGUUCGGAAUGGUCGCCAGCUUCGCCGCUUCCUCCCAUUGAGAAUCAGGUGGAUGCCGUGGACCGCGUUAUGGGUCCGCCAGUGAAUCCGCGUCUGCCUCGUCUCACAACCACGGCCGCCGGAGGAUCCCGACGGCCAUCCCUACGCAUGUCACGGAACACCAAUCCACAUGUACAUCCGUAGGGUAACUAGACGGCUACUAGAAGAGGUGCUCAGGA